AUGCGGGUGUCGGGGAGCCAGCAGAGAGAGCAAGAGACAGAGAGAGAGAGCGAGAGAGAGAAAGCAAGAGAGACAGAGAGAGCAAGAGACAGAGAGAGCAAGAGACAGAGAGAGAGACAAGAGAGAGAGAGACAGCGAGAGAUGGCGAGAGACAGAGAGAGCAAGAGACAGAGAGAGAGAAAACAAGAGAGACAGAGAGAGCGAGAGACAGAGAGAGCAAGAGACAGAGAGAGAGAGCGAGAGAGAGAGAGAGACUGCGAGAGAGAGAGAGAGAGAGAGAGAGACAGCGAGAGCAAUAUAGAGAGAGCGAGAGACAGAGAGCGAGAGAGUGAAAGCAAGAGAGACAGAGAGAGCGAGAGAGCGCAAGAGACAGAGAGAGCAAGAGACAGAGAGAGCAAGAGAGAGAGCGAGAGACAGAGAGAGCAAGAGAGAGAGAGCAAGAGAGAGAGCGCAAGAGACAGAGAGACCCUGGACUGUGGAGCCAACAGGGAGAGAGCAGAGAGGCUGGAGGCCUCCCUCACGUAG